AUGGACUCUGAAUCAGCUGCACACGUGCGUGCUGUAUGCAAACUGAUACCCAACAUAUGUCAGUACUAUACGGAUGGAGUGUUCAAUUCGACGUUUGUUCCACCUCAUGAAUGGAUGCAAAGUGAGGAGUUUCUGAAUGCGGACGUCUCCAAGUGGGUCGACAAAUUUAGACGCGAUCACGGUGGAGACGAUUCGGCACUGCUGACAUUGGUUCCACCAGGUCUUUAUGUGACACUCAACAAAUAUGUUUUCCCGUUUCAAUUUUGUUUUGGAGUCAUUGGAAAUGUUCUGAAUUUAUGUGUUCUUUUGAGCAGAAAUAUGAGAAACGAAGCGAAUAUUCUCCUCUCCGCCAUGGCAAUUUGUGAUAUUAUCCUUCUAUUCACAAUGCUUCCUGGAUCAUUGGGUGUCUGGUAUCCAAUGUAUAUGUCUGAUUGGUUCAGAACGUUCAUCUUUAAAUCAAACACCUGGACAAUAUUUCUUGCGAAUUUCUGCUCUUGUAUCACAAGUUGGCUCAUUUUAGGCGUUUCUGUUGAAAGAUACAUGGGAAUCCGUUCUCCAAUACAUUUUCGUUAUCACUGGCGUACUUCUCGUGUAUUUUUCUUGAUAUUCUCUAUAAUUGUUGGCUCACUAUUCCUCACUUUCUUUCACACUUUCGAGUACAAAUAUGGUUAUGCAAUGAUUCGAAAUGGGACAAAGUUGUAUGGAUCACCAGUGAAUGUUGACAAGUUAAUUGAUGUUCCAACAUGGGUGAAGAAGAUGAUAAACGUUUUCAAAGUGCUUCAAGUUGUGUUCGGAGUCGUCAUUCCGACCAUCGGAAUCUUCAUUUUCAAUAUGUUGAUCGUCUACAUGCUCCGUAAAUCUGAAUAUUUCAACUUUCGUUCGGCUGAAACAAAAGAUGAGAAUACAAACCGAAAAUACUCGGAUCUCGAAAUUCGUCAGAAGAGAGAUAUCAAGGUCACCUUCACCGUUUUGGCCAUCAUUUGCUGUUAUUUCAUUACUCAUAUUCCAUCGGUACUUCCAUUCGUUUUGGAACUUUUCGGUCUUCAUCCCGAUUGGGUUAAAGUGUAUGCCAUUCCAAUUGCUAGCUCUUGGUUGAUCACUGGAAAGGUCGCCAACUUCGUCCUGUUCUGUAUGUCAUCGGUUUACUUCCGUCGCCGUCUGAAGGAAAUGAUUCGUGGGCGAUUCGACGUAUGUGGCGCGAAAAAGAAAUUCAGUGGUGUCUCUAGUGCGCAAUCAAUUAAAAGUCAAGCUUACCGGCUUACAAGAUUCCGUGAUCGCGAUGACAUCCAGAGACAGAGCAGUUGUUUGACUCAAGUAGAGUGA